UCAGUUGUCUUACUCCUAAUAAAUAAGAACUGAUUGAGUGUAAUACUUCUCACCUCCAGAUGUCAGAGUUUUUCGUUGCUAGAUAGCAAAUAAGAAUGUAAAAAGUCAAUUUUUACACUUUCAUAAUACUCCACACUUCAAUUAUUUUGGGUUAAGUUUUUUUCGUUAUUCGUUUACUGUUUGGCAAUUACCACGAUCGAUCUGUACAGUCUAUGAUCAUGUGAUACAAAUCAAAAAAAGAUUAGCGAGCGCAACUGUUGGUCUGAAUAACAUUGAAAAUGAAAAUUGGGCACGCUACUUUUCGAAAGGUAAUGAUAAAUCACAGUAUAGUGCCUAGUGCAACCUCUCCACAUAGGCUGUAGAUUAUCAUUCUAUAUGACGUGUUAACAAGGGAGCACAGCAUAGGUAAAGUGACAAGUCGCCUUCGUCCGAGCACGGACAUGGUUAAAGAGGAAGAAAUUCCCACUUUCAAAUCUCAAUAUUUCCAGUCUACUCGAGAACAAGCUUACGUAUAUGCUAUAAGCUCAGCAGCUCUUAUUUACACAAUGGCUCGUGGUUGCUCAAGUGGCACCUUACAUCAAUGUACAUGUGCUAAUAAAGCUACCGCAGUUCCCGUCGGGGACUUCCAAUGGGGUGGAUGUAGUGAUAAUGUUAAAUGGGGUAUCCAGUUCGCCAGAAGGUUCAUAGACAAUGUCGAAAAAAGUGCUCUAGUUACACGAAAUAAAAGGAAUGAAAAGGAAGGGAAAAUGCAGAAUGGUGCAGAGACUGCAGGAGUAGAAAGAUCUUCUAUUGCAGCUGUAAAUUUGCAUAAUAAUAAAGUUGGUAGGAAGAUUAUGAGUGGUAGUCUACGCACCCAAUGUAAAUGUCAUGGUGUGUCGGGUUCAUGCAAUAUAAAAACAUGCUGGAAUGCACUUCCACCAAUGUCUGAGAUAGGUGUUAGAUUGUUAGAACAAUAUACCAAUGCUCUUAUGGUUAUUGGAAAUGUAAUAGAUAGUACUGGUUCGGUGGAAAUUUUACCGAAAAGUAGGAAAAAAUUCUCCAGCACGCAACUUGUUUAUAUUUCCAAAUCACCAGAUUAUUGUACUAGGGACGAAAGACUUGGCAGCUUUGGAACAGUUGGCAGAUAUUGCAACGUUUCUUCAAUUGGUCCAGAAAGUUGUAGGCAAUUAUGUUGUGGAAGAGGCUAUAGGACAGUCGUGGAGGAAAAAAUAGAGAGAUGUCAAUGCAAAUUUUAUAACUGUUGUUACGUUAAAUGUAAAAUUUGUCGAACUAAAACCAAAGUAUAUGAAUGUUUAUAAAUUUUAUUUUGUGUAAAAACAUAAAAAGGAGGUUGCAAUUAGCGCAUUUGAAUGUAAGCACUUUUUAAAUAUGAUUAAAUUAUUUCAUCAUUUUGGGACCAUAAAAGUCUGGUUUUGGUUAAAAAAGAAGGCAGAAUGUUGAAAAUAGAGAUUUACGUUAAUUAAUGCGCUAGCUGUACCCAUGCCCACUCCAUAUUAGUGAAAAAAAAAUGGUUUAUGUAAGUGUUGUGCAAUUGUUCAUCAAUAUUUUGAAAAAUCGCUAUUUAGGAUCUUCAACUGUAUAAUUUUACACUAUUAAUUAAUGAUUUUCUCCAUUUGGCUUAAUUAUUAGGAUUAUUAUUGAAGAGUAUUUAAUUACAACACGUGUAUUCAAAUUUUAUACGUAAUAAUUGGAUAAGAUUUCAUUGUUCAGUAUUAUUACGAUCCGUAAAUAAGAAGGAAAAAAAUAUUUUUCAUAUGUUAGAUUAAAGAAAUUGAAAAGUUUUUGGGUUAACUACUACCAUACAAAAUGCAUUAAAUAUUUAGGAUAGCAAUGUUUAACGACAUGCUUACUGAAAAGUGUAAAGUCAGAACAUUCACCUGAAUUAGUGAUAUAUGUUAAAACUUGUGAAGAUCUUGUUAUCAACGAAAUAGUGCUAAAGUCUCAAAACCACGAACUUAUUAAACCUCGUUACAGAUGCAAGCAACUAAAUUAUCGGAGACAAAUCUUUUUAAUAUCCUCUGGGCUGGGCAAUAACUUAUCAAUUGAAUAUAUACUUAGAGCUUUGAAUGAAAUAAAGCUAGCAAUAGUAGGGCUCACUGAAUAUUUUCAACAAACUUUUUAGAAGAAAAUUCUAGAUCUUGUUAUAUCACUGGUCCCUGUUGAGGUUAUUUUUAUUCCAAAUUGUAAAUUAUUUAUAUGUUAAAUGAACUUUAGAAUUUGAUUAUGAAGUUGCUUAGAAUAAUAGCAAAUUCAAUGCCGAGCCCGCUUCAGAGUUCAGAGCAACACCAAUGAACUUGAAGUGAAAGAUGAUCCAGUACCCAUGACAAAAAGCUAAUAGAACUCGUUACCAAUUAGAAUAGACGUAAUUGAUUAAGCAUUGAGAUCAAUAAGUAACCGAAAAUAACAAUUUUGCAUUUCCCCCCAAUCCGUUUCUGUUUAAUAAAGCUGGUAAAAUUUGGGAUUUCCAAACUGCUGACAAAAUUACAAUCUAUUUAGGGUUUCACAACUAAAAAAGUUUCACUACUAUCAAUUAUAAGAAAAAA